AUGUUGGACGCAUUCGAGAUCAUCACAACCUCUGGCGUUGUCCUCUGGUCAAGGUCAUACACCCAAGUUAGCUCGUCCCUCAUCAACAGCUUCAUCUCCGACGUCUUCAUCGAGGAAAAGGGCGCCAAUGCCGCCACACGCGACGACCAGUCCGCAGCGACAAACCCUCCCUACAAGACCGACCAGCACACUCUCAAGUACACCUUUGUGAAGGAGCUGGGUGUCAUCUUCGUGGCCGUCUACCGAUCACUCCUGCACCUGUCGUGGAUUGACAAGCUCGUCGACAACAUCAAGACUCUUUUCGUCAAUCUCUACGGCGAGCAGCUCAAGAAACCCGGCACGACCAUCGUCGACUGCGACAAGUUCGACAACUACUUUGACCAGCAGAUCAAGGAGCUCGAGGGCACCACUGCCAAGCCCGACGUUCACGCGCGUGAUCAAGGCCUUCUGCCACAGCAGGAAGAGGCUGCGUCCGGCAACUUUGGCGACGAGCCGCCUCUCCCGCCCGGUCUACACUACAGAGGCCGGGCCCUCCAGGGUGCAAACGAGGUCUCAUCGGCCGCCUCGACCCCGGGCGCGACACCGACAGUGUCGCGCCCCUCGACCCCCGGCGGAAGCAACCUCGUCGUGGGCAAGGCCGGCCCCGGCGGCAAGAUGUCGCGCCGCGCGCGCAAGGUGCAGAACGCUGCCAGCUCGGCGCCCGUGUCCUCUGGCGACGAGGCCUCGAGGCCGCGCCUCAAGACGAACAAAUCGGCCAAAAAGGGCAGGAAGUGGGACGACGACGGCAUGGCGGACGAGGACGACGGCGUGCAGCUCGAUUACUCCACCGCGGCCAAGUCGAUCGCGAGCGACUCGGACGCCGAGCCGGCGACGGCGCGCUCCACGGCGGUCGAGCAAAUCGAAUCGUCCACAUGGGGCUCCACGACGUCCAAGGGACAAUUCGUGCUCAAGGACCUCGACGACGAGGUGCACAGCAUCUUGGCCUCGGCCCAGUCCAAGGCCAACGCCGAGAAGGCGGCCGCCCCCUCCAACGGUCUCCUCGGGUCGAGCCUCAACACCAUCACGGGCCUGUUCAGGAACGUGGUCGGCGGCAAGACGCUCACCCAGGACGACCUCAACAAGGCCAUGAAGGGCAUGGAGGAGCAUCUGCUGAAGAAGAACGUGGCGCGAGAAGCCGCCGUCAGGCUGUGCGAGGGUGUCGAGAAGGAGCUCCUCGGCGUCAAGACGGGCAACUUUGAGAGCAUCAACACGAGGAUCCAGUCGGCCAUGGAAGCGUCGCUCACCAAGAUGCUGACGCCGACCAGCUCCCUCGACCUCCUUCGCGAGAUUGACGCCAUCACGCGGCCCAGCGCCGUCUCGCUGCGCUCGGCGCGGCCCUACGUCAUGUCCAUCGUCGGCGUCAACGGCGUCGGCAAGUCGACCAACCUCUCCAAGAUUUGCUUCUUCCUGCUGCAGAACAAGUACCGCGUCCUCAUCGCGGCCGGCGACACGUUCCGCUCGGGCGCCGUCGAGCAGCUGGCCGUGCACGUCCGCAACCUCACGGAGCUCACGGCGCGCGAGGGCGGCAAGGUCGAGCUCUACCAAAAGGGCUACGGCAAGGACGCCGCCCAGGUGGCCCGCGACGCCGUCGCCCACGCCGCGGCCGGGGGCUUCGACGUCCCGGCCUACGUGGCCAGCGGCAGGGAGCACAUUAACAUGGUGACCCCGUAG